AUGAUAAAAUAUCAAUUACUAUUCGCUUUGAUAGUAUCGCUUUGCUUGAGUGGCACAGUUGUUGCAAUCUCAAAUCAUGAUGAACUAAUAUGGGACAUAUGGAAUAAUGAAGAAGGUGAACCAUUUGACAAUAACCAAAUAUCUUGUUCUUCGAUAGAAGACCUCAAUACUAGAGAGUUAUGCUAUAGAAAUUCUGGAGAAGUGCAGAGUAAAGAAGAAGGUUCCUUCAGUCUUGAGAAAAGAAAAAUCAAAACCUCAAACGUUGUUCAUGAUAUUUAUAAUGAAGCUCCUAUUUCAAUCCAAUUGGAGCCCGGUUCAAGAAUUAAUUACAGAUAUUUGAUCAACAUGAGUGAUCCUGCUGCUCAACAAUUUUAUGAAGUCAUGGUUUUCAUCACAGGGAACCUUUGUAACUUUCCUCAAGGGCUUUCAGAUCCAAACAGUUAUUUAUCAUUGUACACCGCAUUCAAUGAUACUGGAAUCUUUACGAAUUCAUCAGAUUCCCCAUUCUAUAGCCAAACAUAUAACCAGAAAGACUUUCAAUAUGGAUAUUUACAAUCUUUAUCAGACACUAACGUUAAGACUAAUGAGUCAUUCUAUUUGAACAUCGUGCUAGAGGCUGAUGAAAUUGAGGAUGUAAAUGGUACAUUCACAAUACAGCUUGGUCUUUCACAAGAUGAUUUGAUUUAUCAAUGGGAUAACAGAACAUGGAUCAAUCUGGUUGAUACUGAUGAUACAACCGCUUUAUUCAUGACUGGAAAUUUGACAACCGCUUAUAACAAUGCUACAGAUAUUUUGGACUCUUCAAGUAAUUAUUACACAGUUCAUAUUUUUCUUGAUGAAGAUGAUAAUUAUUUUUCCAACCUUAAUAGAAGCUGGUGCUCAAUUGUUAAUGGUAAUGAGCUGGUGAAGCAGACCAACAUUUCAUAUUCAUUCACACAAAGAGGAGGUGGGUUGAAAGAACAAAUGUAUGUCAAAGGUUUACAACCAUCAACUGAUUAUAUUGCAUAUGUCACACAAGAUUUCUCCAGUACACAACAUGGAGGUGUGGUAUUCAAUAGACUACAAUUUUCAACACAAGAACCAGAUACAUGCAAACUAGUUUUCAAUUUGACCUUUUGUGAUAAUGUGGCAUAUUCAGUACCUAGAUCAAAUAAUGUUCAAUUGGAUUCAAACUUUCAAGAACUUGCUGAUUUAUAUGACAGUAAUGUCAAGGACAUGUUUGGAAAUUUCAGCAAGGCCUUACAGCAAAUACCUUGUCAAGCUGAAGAUGAUCAACGUUAUUCACCAAUAGUGACUUGUGAUGACUGUGCGACAUCGUACAAGAACUGGUUAUGUGCUGUGUCCAUCCCUCGUUGUACCACUAAUAAUGAAACAGAAUACAAAUAUAGAGAAUUGAACGAAUCAAGAAAUGAUUACAUCAACUCUAAAGUUGACCCUCCAUCACCCUAUUAUGAGAUAUUACCAUGUCUGAGUAUGUGUCAUGCUAUUGUACGUGAUUGUCCGACUGAUUUUGGGUUUGCAUGCCCAAGAGACAAUACCUCAAUUGGCAAAAGCUAUUGGUUCAUGUCUGAUGACUCUACAUAUGAUACUUGUAACUAUGUUGGUGCUUUAUCUACAAGUGGCGCUUUGCCUACAAUAGGAAUGAAUAGAAUUGGGUUAUUUAUAAGUUUUAUGGUUGUUUCUUUGGUUAUGUUUUAA